CCUGACUUGCCGCGUCCGCUUCCACCCCUCCGCGCUCCAGAGGAGGGGCUCGGCCAAGGGGCACGCGCCAGCCGACAAAAGGAUGCCACGGAAAAAGAAAAAAGUAAAAGAAACCUCUGAAUCUCAGAACCAGGAGAAGAAGGAUGCGGAAACUACCAGUUCUGUCAGUGUGAAGAGGAAACGUAAACUUGAGGAUGCAUUCAUUGUGAUAUCUGAUAGUGAUGGAGAGGAACCAAAGGAGGAGAAUGGAUUGCUGAAAAUGAAGAAAAAACAGUCAAAUAGAGCAAAGUGUUUGGCCAAAAGAAAAAUUGCACAGAUGACAGAAGAAGAACAGUUUGCUCUGGCUCUCAAAAUGAGUGAGCAAGAAGCUAGGGAAGUGAACAGCCAGGAGGAGGAAGAAGAGGAACUCUUGAGAAAAGCCAUUGCUGAAAGCCUGAAUAGUUGCCGGCCUUCUGAUGCUUCUGCUACUGGAUCUCGACCUCUGGCCACUGGACCAUCUUCACAGUCCCACCAAGAGAAAACCACAGACUCAGGGACUACUGAAGGCAUAUGGCAGCUGGUACCUCCAUCACUGUAUAAAGGCUCAUAUAUCAGUCAGGGAAACGAGGCUGAGGAAAGAGAGGAGCCUUGGGACCACACUGAAAACACUGAAGAGGAGCCGGUCUCUGGCAGCUCAGGAAGCUGGGACCAGUCAAGCCAGCCAGUGUUUGAGAAUGAGAACAUUAAAUCUUUUGACAGAUGUACUGGCCUCUUGGCUGAGCACACGCAGUGUGGGAAGCCACAGGAAAGUACUGGGAGGGGUUGUGCUUUUCUCAAAGCUGCCCAAGGUAGGCGGGACACAUCUAAGCACUGUCUGCCUACCCCAGCAGAUGCCAAAGGUCUCCAGAACUUUGGGGGCACAGUGCACUACUUCUGGGGUAUUCCAUUCUGCCCUGCUGGAGUAGAUCCUAACCAAUAUACUGAGGUCAUUCUCUGCCAGUUGGAGGUUUAUCAAAAGAGUCUGAAAAUGGCUCAGAGGCAGCUCUUUAAAAAAAAAGGGUUUGGAGAACCAGUGUUACCUAGACCUCCUUCUCUGAUCCAGAAUGAAUGUGGCCAAGGAGAUCAGACUAGUGAAAAAAAUGAAGGCAUCUCAGAAGAUAUGGGAGAUGAAGACAAAGAGGAGAGGCAGGAAUGUAGGGCAUCUGUCUGGCACUCAAAAACCAAGGAUUUGCAAGAAAGCCCAAUUAAAAGCUUGAAAGAGAAACUUUUGUUGGAGGAAGAACCAACAACCAGUCAUGGUCAGUCUUCCCAAGGGCUAUUUGUUGAAGAAACUUCUGAAGAAGGAAACUCUGUACCUGCCUCACAAAGCAUUGUUGCUUUGACCAGUAAGAGAAGCUCAGUCCUUAUGCCAGAGGAUUCUGCAGAAGAAAUCACUAUUUGUCCUGAGACCCAGCUAAGUUCCCCUGAAAGUCUUGACCUUGAAGGAGAAGUCUCUCCAGGUAGCAGAGAGACCCCAGAGGAAGUAAGAAAAAUAGUGGCAGAAAAGGAGGUUGGUAACAGGGAUGAUGCUGAGAAAGAAAUACCUACUUCCACCCUCUCAUCCAAUACCCAGGUAUUCUGCCCACUGUGUGACCAAGGCUUCCCACUCACAAAGAUUGAGCGACAUGCCAUGUACUGCAAUGGUCUGAUGGGACAAGAUACAGUGUUAACUCGGAGGCAAAAAGAGGCCAAGAGCAGGAGCAAGAGUAAUGGUGGGACAGCUGACCAGACUUCCCUAGACAUUGACAAGAAUGAGAAGUGUUACGUUUGUAAAUCCCUGGUUCCAUUCAGAGAGUAUCAGUGCCACGUAGAUUCCUGUCUCCAGCUUGCAAGGGGUGACCAAGGAGAUGAGCCUGAAGAGAGUGGUAGAAUACGCUCAGCUGUGGAGAGGAAGCAGCGGCAACGGCUAAGGAACCCAAAGGAAAAAGGCCACAGUGAAGGCCGACUCCUUAGUCUCUUGGAACAGUCUGAGCACACGACUGCAGAUGCAGAGAUAAAGACCAAGCCUGCAGAAACAAGCCUUCAGAAACAAGCCUACAGGGUGCCCUCACCAGGGGUGGAAGAGGCAGGCUGCAGCAGAGAGAUGGAGAGUUCUCUUGCACACUUCGACUUAAAUGAGUCUCCCAUCAAGUCUUUUUUGGCCAUUUCAGAAGUCACAGAUUGCUUAGUGGACUUCAAAAAGCAAAUUGCUGUCCAGCCAGGUAGCCGGACACGGACCAAAGCAGGCAGAGGAAGAAGGAGAAAAUCCUGAAUUUCUAGUGUCCAAAGGUUGACAAAACCAUUAGCAAUAGGGGUGGGCCAUGUCCAUUAAGCCCUAGUGGUCUCCAGUUCACUGUUGAGCAAGUUUUGACCCUGCAGUUCUUACCACCAGCACCCACUCAGCAUCCUGGUUUUUAUGUUUCCUAUGAUCUAUACAGAAAACUGUGUAUAGUAUUCUGUUUUAUAACAGUCUGUUUGAAUUUACUUAAAGGAAAAUUUAAAUAUAUUUAUCUAUGUUUGUACGAAA